AUUAAUUACAGAAACAUGUUCAGUAUAUUCUUAUUUAAUCUCUACUUAAAUCUUUUCAGAAUAUUUCUUGAACAGGUAAACAGUAAAAAAUCUCGUGCCUCCAAUAUCAACUGUGUAGUGAAAACAGAUGUAAGACAUGAUGGGACCGAACCAGUUGUAGACAUCAUGUUUGCUGAUGGAGACAGAUUAAUAAUGAAAGGAGCCAACUUGACAGCAAGAGAAAUGUUACUAGCUUUCAACUCCAGAUGCAUAGCAAAAGGCCUUAAGGCAGAAGAAAAAAACAAGUAAAAGAGUGCUUGAAGAUCAAAAGAACAAUUGUGUUUAAAAUUGUUUAGGCAUGUGAAAAGCAGUGAGCAGCUUUUGUCAUCAGAACUAUAUAGGAAACUUCCCUGAAAACUUAUAUGAAAUCAUAAAAAGCGAUAUGGACAAAAUGCUGGCCAGUUCAACAUCUAGCAGAAUGAUUCAUACACGUUUAUAUUUUUCCUAAGGAAAAUAUAAUGGAGAAGCUAAAAUAUUUAACUCUGGCAGGUUGACAAGUCUUGAAUCCACAAAUGAAUCCUCUUGCCAUAUACACAAACGAUCAGUCUUUUAACCAUGCACACACUGGAUCGGUACCAUGCCUAUUUGUGUAUGAAUAUAAAUAAUGAAGAUGAGCAUAAUACAUUUAUUACAAAUGAAAAAAUUAAGUUUAAAUGGUGUUUUUAAUGUUUGUAAAUAUAAAUGUGAUUAACAGGUUUAAAAUAUUAUCUUGGCUUGCUGUCACUGAGGUUCAGUACUUCAGACGAAAUUCAGGAUAGAUGCUGUAGUGUUCUACUUGUCUGGCUCUAAAUCACUCAUUUUAAAUGAAGAAUCUCUGAAGAUUAAUAAUCGUAUAAUCAGCUCAGCAAUGAAAUCAAAGCCACAAAAUAAAUAAGAAUGUGUUAAA